AUGCCACGCCAGGACCGCGGCAGAUCCAGGUCGCCCGUCGCCGGCUUAAACACCCGGCGAAUUUCUUCCGCUCUUUGUGGCAUGGUCCGGUACGAGAAGAACCGACCCCAGGGCUUGGAAGUGGAGGAUGGGAAGUUCUCACUCGACAACUUGAUGGAAGUCUGGGGUGAGCGUCAAGGCCUCACGCACCAGCUCAUCAUUGAUGCAGUCCAGGCUCACAUGUUCCAAGACCAAGCCUCCCGCACCCUCCGCUACUCCAUGUCAGAGGAUGGUCAAGGACGAGUCGUGAUCCGGGUCCAUCCGAGCCGCAACCAAGGAAAGGGGGGACGCUUUGGCGGUGCUUCGGAUUCUCGACGUGGCCGCCACGACUCCGGCGGUGGUGGACCGUGGUGGCACAAGAAGUACGACUGGAGCAGCGGUAAAGGCGACGAAGGCAACAUCACCGAUGAAGAGGAAGGCGCCACGAAGAAGGAGCCCGAGGAUGAGACAUGGCCGGCAUCUGCAACGAAGAAAGAGCAGGAUGCCUCGUGGUCGGGUACCUGGGCAAAGACUGAAGAAGAUGGCGACUGGCCGCAGUGGAACUCUGGUUCCUGGAACAACAAGUGGCGCACAAA